GAAGAGAGCAAAGUGAAUUAGAAAAGAAACAGGGGGAGCCGAUAAUCAUGUGACAUUAAGAAGAAAAGGGGGACCUUGGCAGGUCAUGUAAUGCGAAUGACAGAUGGUCAGUUAGAAGGACGGAAUGGAUCCCAAGAGGUGGGAAAUGUAGCUGAGGUCGGCAGAGGGUUGGGUAGAGCAAAAUUUUGAAGUUCCAGGCAUAUGAUGGAACCGGUUCACGCAAGGAAGGGUAAAUUGGAAAUCAUUGGGAUAGGUCUUUGUCCUGCAGUAGAGAUGAUAAAAAUGAUGAUGACCAUGACGAUGAUUAUGAACAUAGUAGCCCUUUAAUGAUGCAUCGUAUUGCGUUUUUGAAUGGAACUAAGUAUUUUCAAUAUUAAUACUGUUAUUAUUGCCUAAAACGCUGCAAACGUGCCCCGCACAGGCAAAAGGUUCACAGCCACGACGCGUGGCUGCAAGUGGUCAAGCCGAUCAUCAUGGUGCAACUGUACUUCCGCGAGUACACGAAGACGACCAAUGGCUGGCUCAACGUCUUCGAGGUGGUGAUCGGCGCCAUCCUCUGGGCGAUGUACCAUAGUCUGGGCGCAACGACUCCGAGCGAGCAGUUCCUGCACAGCUGCGCGCUCGUUUUCACGACCAACGGACUUUUCUUCCUCAUGUCGUCGACAAUGAGCAUCACGACGGCCCUUAUGCUCCCCAGAUUGUUUUAUUACAACCUUUUCGAACUCGUCGCAGCAGCAUGCUACAUAUAUGGCGGAGUCGGGAGCGUUGGCAACUCAUCUUUCAUCGAUGGCGUAACCGCGAUUAUCUGCGGGGGCUUUCACCUCGUCCAUUUUAUUUAUUCGAUUCUCAAGAACUGAGAGUGGCUGGAGUUCAAAUUGGCGGGCUCACGGGCCUCCUCUCGCUCCAUGCGCCUUACACGCACCAUUGUAUAUACACGAGAAGAUGCGCACAUCUGAUCCAUUGAUGACCUGUGCUGUGGCAACAUAAAAUUCGGAAUGGUGACGCACCAAGCAGGGGCCUAAUGUCGAUACCGCGAAAAUUUCUACGUGCUUCGAAACGCAGUCGGCG